AAAUAUAAAAAUUCUUGUAAAAAAUAAAUUUUCUGAAAUGAAAUUCAAAAAUUAAAAUUUCAAUCGAAACAUAACCUCAAAGUUCGGUAAACAGCUCAACAGCGUGGUCUCACUUUUACCUCAAUUUCUUCAAAAAUUCCCCAAAAAAAGUGAAAAUGAAGACUAAAUUAGUGAAAUGGUCGAUCCAGAAGAAGGAUCACAGCGAUACUCGUCAAAUUAUUUACUCGGAAGAGGAUUUUGAUGUCGUCGAGUGUGAUGGAUUAUCGAAGGAACAAAAGUUGGAAGUCAUCCGAUCGCAAUACGAGUCAUUUUUCAAGACAACCAGCAACAUUUUCUCCGAAACAACAAAACGUUGGAUGAAAAUUGGCGAUGUUGAUGUCUUUUACAAAGAUUUUUCAGGCGAUGAAAUUCUUAUCGAUAAUGAGAUGGCUUAUUAUUACUUUUUGCGGAACGUUAAUGAAGUGUUGAAGACUCCCAUUGAGCUCAUUGUGAAGGAUUUCAUGGAUGAACAACCCAAAUUGAAUCUCGAUAUGGCAGUUUUGAACAAUAUUUGCGAGAAAUGUGGAGCAGUAAAGACUUGUGGCGUAUGUGAGAUGAAUAAUUUUAACCCAGAGACGCCAAUUUCCAUCACAACGGAUCUCGAGAAGACUUUGAAUGUUGAAAAUUCGACGCAAAAUGUGAAAUUAUGGCGACCUGACAGUGAUUUGGAAGAAGGAGAGAUUUUAAGUGAUGAAGAAAAAAUUGAACCGACUGAAAAUACGGAAGAAAAUCACGAGUUUUUGAGUGAAAAAGAGGUUUUGGAUGACAACAACAACGAAUUUGAAGAUAAAGAAGUGACUUCAUCGACUGAUAACCAAACAAAAGAUGAAAAUUCUACCGAAAUCGAAGUAACUUCUACCUCCGUUGAUCAAACAAAAGCUGACAACUCAUUCGACAUGGAAGUUAACAAGCAAUUUGAAGCCAAAACCACUCAAGAACCCAAAAAUGAUCCUCCUCGUUUGGUUUAUUCGCAAUCUGACUUGCUCGAUAUCCGUGAAAAUGCUCCAAAAGUUCCUCCGCGUCAAAAUCCGCCAAUUAUUCCAUCAAAAGUUGAUCAAAUUCGAGCAAUUGACUUGACUAAAAAGCCUCCUCCGGUACCCGCUCGUUCCAAAACCCCAAUUAACGUUCAUUCUCCUUCACUUCCGGAAAUGGGAACCGCUCUUCAAAUCAACGAACAAGUUAUUGAACAACCUGAAACCAUCAAUCUUGAUCCGUACAAUCCAAUUGAUCGUAAAAAUGCCGGUACUCGUUUCAAGAUGAACGACAUUUUGUGGGGAAAUUAUCGCGUCAAGCCUGGUUACAGUGAUUUGGAUGAUCCAUCAGUCGAUGAAGAGCACAGUUUUGAAGCGGUAAAUUGGAAAGCUGCUACUGGGCGUCAAAAGAUGCUCAAUAGCUUGAUGACAGUGACUCGUGACACGCGUCGUGAACCGAAGGAAAAUCGAAAUUUCCUUGUACAUCCGGAAUGUGCCUUUGGAAAGACUCAAUUGAACGGUGGCGAUGCUCUGAAGAAGACGACAUCAGCUCCUCCUGUGGAAACGAGCAACUGGAACAAAUCGAAAUUGCAACGGAAAAUUCCUUUGCCACGUCCUCUUCGUACAAAUGUCUAAUAAUUUACAUGAAAAUCUAAAAUUUAUCUUUAACUUUCCUUAAAUGUAUCAAAAUACAUUCAAUUUCUUGUAUUAACGAA